GGGAUUAAGUGUCAGCGUUGAGUCACCAUUAAUCAUCUCAGCGUUCCUCGUCCCUUUCCCAGGUGGAUACACACCUGCAGGAAAGUCCCACUCAGCAUCGCGGAAUGGCAGCUACACUCACACAGACACAGAUGCACGCUUGCCGGAGCACUUCACUUUCCACGUGGCGCGCGAGGUGGUGAGAGGCACGUGCGUUCCUUCAUGGGUAGCACCUACAGGGAAGACACAGGCGAGAGAGGAACAAGCUGCUACUGCCGACGACGCUGCUGUUGCUGCUGCUCCUGUUGCUGCUACUGCUGCUCCUACUACUACUACUACUACUACUACUACUACUACUACUACUACUACUACUACUACUACUACUACUACUACUACUACUAUUGAUAAGUGUAUGGAAGCAUUAUGGUGGGUGUGGGGUGUGGUGCUCCUGGCGGAGUGUGUGGGAGGAACCAGCACCACCACCACCACUCACCCCACGAGCUCAGUGACACAGCCCCGCGAGGACUUCGAGUCUGAGGAGGCUGACGACGACACUACCUUCGCUGAGAUCAAGAUGAACAACCAUUUUAAUCAGAGACUCUCGUUGGUAAAACUCAUGAGUCUGUUUGGCGUGGAAAGAAACAGUGUACCGAGAUCGAAGGCUGACGACCGAUGGAAUUCCCUCGCCACACGUCUCUUCCUGCAAGCGUUCCAGGCGGACAGUAUCUUACAGCUUAUCCUGGCCUCCCACGACUUCCCGCCGAGACAGUCCUACUACAUUGAUUACACUAGGAAGCUGAGAACAGUGGCCGAUAACAACUUUCCCCGUGACACGUUCCUAAGCGUGGCGGUGUUGGUGGUGGCGCCUCCCUGCAUCCUCCGUAACAACAUUGGGCAGAUUACCGCAAUGCUCCUCGUGUUGCCUGACAGACGGCCCCCGAGGAUCACAGUCGAUCAGGAGAUUGAUGUGGUGUGUCCGUGCCAGUCACCCCCAUGCUGCGAUGAGAGAGCGCCCCCGCAGACUAAAUUCCAGGCAAGAUACGUACAGACUACACUGAACAAUGAUAGGAAAUGCGCAAGACAUGUAGCCUUAGGAUUUCAUUGAACUGGGAGACGAGAAUAGAU